GAGAAAAUGUGCAAUUUUGUGCUUGUGCUUGUACUUGCGCCAACAAGACUAGAGAAAUGGUCCACGACUUGUACCCAUACCGGUCAUCCCAUGGACCCAAAUUUUUGCCCUAAAAUACACAAACGGAUCUCAGAACAUCAAUAGUGAAACAAAAGGGUUUUACAUCAAUUUGAGCAAAAAACAGAAAGAAGAUCGAAAUGGGGAAGAAACCAUGGAAGAUAAUACCCAGACCAUUACUGGAAUCAGUUCUCAAUAAUCAUGCUCAGCAUCAUAAGGUUCCUCAACCUCUCAUCCUUCACGGACCUAGAGGCGUUGGAAAAUCUACUCUCAUACUCAAUCGACUAUUGGAAGAUUGGAACAAAGGUCCUCAUUUUACAGGUUAUGUUGAUUUUAGUAACUAUAAAGAAAAUUUCAAACCAUGGGCAUCUCAUUCAACUACACUUUCGACAAAACCCACACUCAAUUCACUUCGAUUUCAGCUUGAACAAUGUCUUGAACAAAUGAUCGGUGAUGGAGUUCGUCUGGGGGUGAUUGGUUCUCACCAGGUUUUCACUACACUUAAUAAAUCACAUGGUCUUAAUACUGCUCUUCGUCGUAUUCUUCAAUCUAAUACUUCUGGUAACUCUUUUGAUCGUAAAAUUUCUACAUCUGUGUUAUGGGAUAGAGCUGUUUUUGCAAUGUCUUCAAAAACUAAAGUUGAUGAGAUUGAUGAGGUUAUAAAGGGUAAAAAUGAUAAGGGGAAAAUUGUUAAACUCAAAGAUAAGGCGUAUCUGAGAGAAGCUAUGUUGUCAUUAAAAUUAGCUAAAGAAGUUAUUGAUGUUCAACAAAGUUGGAGAGCUAGUGCUAUUGCUGAGUUGAAUAGAAAUGGUGGGUUUUCCAGAACUUUGGCUAAUUCAUCUACUGACUGGCCUUGUUUGUUGUUAGAGUUGUUAUCUGCUGCCGCUGAGGUUGAUCACUUCCAGCCAAAGCUGGUUAUAGACAAUAUCGAGGUUCUUAAGGAUGGAGUAUUAAUUGAUGACUCGACAGUUUCUGCAUCAAUGUAUCACGAUAGUUUCUUAUGGAGAUUAAUAUCAUUGUGUGUGAAUGAAAGGUGUUUGCCUGUUAUACUAAUAACUUCAGAUAGCUAUUACUCUUAUCGGGCUUAUAUGGAUUUUGGGUUUCCAGAUUUAUUUAUUUCCCGUGAGACCUUCGGAUGGACUCUUCAUGAAGCUAAAAUGCAUACUGUGACUGAGUACUUUACUGAAUCUGAGUGGAAGCUGAUUAGCGAGGUGCUUGGCCCGAACCCUCGACAACUGUCUGAACUCUACGCGCUGAAGCAAAGCAGGAAUUACCAAAAGAUCAUGGAGAAUAGCAGCAAUACUUUUGAGGACAUCUUAGAGGCGUACUUAGCAUAUAUACAAGUGACAGUGGUAAACCCAGCAAUGGAAUCAGUCUUGUCUAUUUUGCAAAAAUUUGCUGUUGAUGCACAAAAUGGAAGAAUCUCAAAAGAUCAGCUGCGAUUUGGUGCUCCUUGGAGGCAUCCACCACGUAUUGAUGACCCUGCUAUAUGUUUGGAGUGGGCAAAGCUUCAAGUACUUGAUUUCCUACAAUCACUAGUCAAAAGUGAAUUUGGGUAUAAUUAUCAUGCUGAUUGUAGUCUUGAGAUUAUGGAUGAUCCCUGUGCAAACGCAAUGGUGGAGGUUGGUUUACUAUAUGCACAGAGAGAUCCAUCCUUUGUACGGCCUGUAUCUGGAGCAAUCCAGAGGUGUCUUGCUAGAUGGCUUGUCCAAGAACAGAUGCAGAUGAGCUUCCAGCAGUCGCUUAGGUACUGGUGGCAGCGAGCUUUUCGUGGGCGUAGCUAUCGUCACCUGAUGAAAGAAGUAGGCUAUAAAUAGAAUGUUUAGGUUGGCGCUGGCUGAGAACAUUCCUGUUAUACUAUCACGUUUUGCUCCACAUGGUCACUCAUUGCACUAGGAAAACAGGGCUGGUGUGGUGGGAUCAGGCUAAAAAAAAAACUUUCACAGAGAUAUACAACACGAUAGAUGAAUUUUGACCCUUUGAUCAUCUGUUUACUGCGUUUAUAUUUAUCUGUUAUUCAAAUUCUUCGCUUCCUCCUACUUACAGAUUUGAUCAUCAUUGACAGUUUACAACAAAAAAAAACCUCUGUAUAUUGCAAGGGCAAAGGGCCCUUUACAAACUUCAUGUUAUGAAAGGAAAAGAUAAUAAGUAACAGAAGCCAUCAUUAUUUUGCGAUUGUACGCCAACA